CGGCGGCAGUACGUAUAGCUAGUGCCUCCUGCACGCACGACGAUCCUGUAGCUAGCUACCCUAAAAAAUCUCUCGAUCGUACAUUUGCACGAGCCAAUUAAGAUAUUUACGCGAGCGAGCGGUCCAUCCAGUGCAUAUAAUAUCUUCGCCAUCGCGUGCCGAUUUAAUUUAAUUUAACCCCGUGAUACAUUGACCGUAUGCUACUUGCUACGACGUAUGUACCAUGGCUGCGACGACUACCACCACUUCUCCGGCCACUCUGCAGCCAUGCAAGAACAACGCGACGGGCGUCGUGCUGAUCGGCAGGUCGUCUCCGUGCUCAUGGAGGAAGACACUACUCCGACACCACGUCGUAAAAGCUGCGGCAAGCUCAUCGUCUCGUUGGCGGAAGGCGGCGCCGACGGGCGCCGGCGGCGGCGAGCUCAAGACGUCGACGUCUGGUACGGCUAGAGAGGAGGCGGCCGGCGACGUGAUUCGGAGGCUGCAGAACGGCCCGGACGUGCGCGGCGUCGCGCUGGAAGGGGAGAAGGGCCGGGCCGUGGACCUCACGCCGCUGGCAGUCGAGGUGAUCGCCGAGAGCUUCGGGGAGUGGCUGCGGGAUCAGGACCUUCAGCCGCUGGAGAGCAGGACGACGGACGGCGGCGAGAUGCGGGUCUCCGUGGGGCGGGACCCCCGGCUGUCCGGCGCGGCGCUCGGCGCAGCGCUGUUCGCCGGGCUGGCGAGGGCAGGGUGCGCCGUGUUCGACAUGGGGCUUGCCACCACGCCCGCGUGCUUCAUGAGCACCAAGCUUCCUCGGUUCAGCUAUGACGCCUCCAUCAUGAUGACCGCAUCACAUCUUCCCUACACCCGCAACGGCCUCAAGUUCUUCACGAAGCGCGGUGGCCUGACCUCGGGCGACGUGGAAGACAUCUGCGACCUUGCAGCGCGGAAGUACGUGGCCAGGAAGAUGGGCCUCGGCGGUGGACGAGGCAUGCCGCCGGUGGUCAUGCGCGUCAACGCUAUGACCGCCUACGCGCAGCACCUCCGCGACAUCAUCAAAGAGCGCGUCGCCCACCCGACACACUACGACACCCCCCUAAAGGGCUUCAAGGUGAUUGUGAAUGCCGGCAACGGCUGCGGAGGCUUCUUCACGUGGGACGUCCUGGAGAAGCUGGGCGCGGACACGACGGGCAGCCUCCACCUGGAGCCCGACGGCGAGUUCCCCAACCACAUGCCCAACCCGGAGGACGCGACCGCCAUGUCGCUCACGCGCGCGGCGGUGCUGGGCCGCGGCGCGGACCUCGGCGUGGUGUUCGACACCGACGUCGACCGCAGCGGCGUGGUGGACGCCACGGGCGCGGCGAUCAACGGCGACCGGCUCAUCGCGCUCAUGUCCUCCGUCGUGCUGGGCGAGCACCCGGGCACGACGGUGGUGACGGACGCGCGGGCCGGCGAGGGGCUCACCCGGUUCAUCGAGGCCAGGGGCGGCCGCCACUGCCUCUACCGCGUCGGCUACCGCAACGUCAUCGACAAGGGCGUCCAGCUCAACGCCGACGGCGUCGAGACGCACCUCAUGAUGGAGACCACCGGCCACGGCGCGCUCAAGGAGAACUACUUUCUCGACGAUGGAGCGUACAUGGUGGUGAAGAUUAUUAUCGAGAUGGUGAGGAUGAGACUGCAGGGAUUAGAGGGGAGUAUCGGAAGCCUCAUCAAGGACCUUGAAGAGCCGGCUGAGUCGGUGCUGUUGAGAAUGAACAUUCUGGGAGAAGCCAAGUAUGCAAAACAGAGGGGCGCUCAAGCAGUCCAGACAUUUUACAACUACAUCCAGGAAAGGAAAUUAAAUGGUUGGGUUCUCGACGACUGUGGGGAUUGCUCAGUUAGUCAAGGAUGCCUCGUGGACACAAAUGAUAAUCCAAUUGCUGUUGAUGCCUACAUGUACAGGGCUAAAUUUUUUGAUGAUUAUAACCGACAACUGGGUUGGGUUCACAUUCGUCAAAGUGUUCAUAACCCCAACAUAGCAAUAAACAUGCAGUCUUCUGUCCCUGGAGGAUGCAAAUCCAUGGCAAAGAAUCUUCUUGAGAGAUAUUUGUUGACAAGUGGAAUCAAUGAUUUUGUGGACAUCAGCCAAGUACAAAAGUUUGUAAACUAGUUCUUAUUUUUAUAAUAAUUAGCUGUAUACACUCUGAAUGGAUAACUUUUUAGAUCCUUGCUAGAAAAUAAGAGUUUGCAUCUAGAGAAAAGUAUGUGUAAUAACUAUUAUAGAGUACUUGGAGACUAGAAUAUUUUGAUAUC